UUGGUUAUGUCUAAUCAAAAUGGCGAUUCUCAUGUGAGGGACGAAUGCUGUUUACUCGUUACAUUUUGACCAUUAAUACCGGACAUAUAUCAAACCAUCUCUGAAUCAGCCAUGUUAUCAAGCAUGGCUUUAAGAAGUGUUUUUAAAUCGACAUCUGUCGUUCUGCGAGAAUGUGGUGUUUUAUCCAGGCUGAAAGGAACCCGUGCGUCUCUCCAAUUGAAACAUGGGGCAUUCACCUCUGUCACCACAGGGCCUUCACACAGCAACAAUGAGACUGCAUUGACAGGUAUUGGGAGCUUCACCAUUCAGUCUGUGAGAAACUAUGCCCGUGUCGUAAGAAAGAAGAAGCCAGUGAUGACAAGUCAGUUGAGUGAUCUUCCUCCGACAAUGCUGAAAAUGGAAUAUGCCGCUGUUCCACUCGCUCAAACAGCUGAUGACCUUGUCAAAAGACUUCUGACACUGGAACUAGCAAGCCAUAGCGAGAAGUUGAAAUUGAAAAAGGAGCAGCUGAUUGCAAAAGUCCAGAGGGAUGAAGCUGACCGCAGCUCUUCAGAAGUCAAGGUGGCCAUUUUGACCUCCAAAAUCCGAAACUACCAGGAGCACCUGCACAAACAUACAAAGGACAAAGCGAACAAGCGAUGGAUGCUCAUGGCCAUUGACCGCAGGAAGAAGCUGCUCAAGCACCUCAGGGUAACGCGCUACGACGCCUUUGAACAUGUCUGCCAGCAGCUGGGCAUCACCUACACUUUCCCUCCGGAGUACUACAGACAUGCCACCCGACGCUGGCUGGCCAAGAAGGCCCUGUGCAUAAAGGUCUUCAAAGAGGUGCAGAAACAGAAACUGGAGCAAAGGAAGAAAAUUAAGCAGACCCCUCCCCCCACGUUGGCAGAACCAGCCAGGACAGAAGCUACAGGAACCCAAUAAACUGCCACAGUAUCCAAUGUCUGUCUUACUCUAUGCAUUCAGUCUUGCUUUCAAUGGACAAAUUAGUUUUGCAUGGCCCAGUGAGCGGGGUUUGCUCCUUUUCGACCAUUCCAUUUGUCCUAAGGAGAAAUCUCCACCCACCCAUUGCCACCAGUUCAUGUAAAAUUAAUUUUCCCGUGUAUUGUUAUACUGUAAUAAGACACAUGAAUAACUUAUUGUCUGUAGUACACCAAGUCUUCAUUCUUCUUGUCCCUUCUGCAAGUAGAUGCAUCAUCAAAUAAAUGCAGUGACGCAGAUAUGUGGUUUUGGUGUGGGCAAUGUCUAUGUGCUCCACAUAUGUGACCUGAGAGUGUCAAAUCCACAAUGAAUCAUUUAAUAAAAUGUAUUGUAUAAUCCA